AUGCUGCAGAAAUGGCUUCCCAAGGACGACCAGCUCGACGCUGCGGAGAAUGCGGCACGAAAGUCCAAGGCGCAGAAAGGAGCGGGAGCUGGAAAAUCCGGCGCUCAGGAAGGCUCGGAGAAGGUUCUCCAGCUGCCGUGCCGCGCGGAGAUGGUUCACUAUUUGGACGUGAGGGACGGCGGGUGGGAACUCAAGGAGUGCGAGUGCUGCUUCGACCGCGCGGUGAGCUACCGUGCGCAGCGCGCGCUUAACAUGAUGAACCUAGAAGACUUCCGCUCGCACCUGCACAAGCAGAUGCCGGACUCCGUCCCCGCCGCGCCCCCGAACCGCCCGACGCGCGCCAUUCUGGACCACUCCGCGCGGAACCCGGUGUGGGCGGUGGGGGGCCCGCGCGGGGCUCCGCCUCCCGUGCACUACCACUGGAAGUGCGAGCGCUCGCCGUACCUCUGCGCGGAAGGGAUGCUUGUGGAGUGGUUUGCGGAGCCCCGCGUGGGCGUACUCAUGGAUCUCGGGAAAAUCAGAGCCAGGAUUCCUGCGAUUCUGGCCCCUGCAGGAGUCUCCUCCUCGUCUCCGACGCACAUGGACUCGUAUUCCGCAGCGUUCCCAGCCAUGGCGGCAGCGCUGGGCGCGGGGAGGCAGGCGGAGCAGGACAGCUUCGCUUCCGCGCUGGUGCAGAUACUCGGGGUGAAGGAGCGCGGAGAUCUCAAGGAAGGCUUUGGGUUUUUCCUCCAGGAACUUCUCUCCGGCGGGCUUGAGAAGGCGCACGCGGAGGGAAAGGGGAGAGGCGCGGGGAGAGGCGCGGGAGGCGGCGGCGCAGGGCGCGGAGCAGCGCGGGCGGGGGGGCGCAGAGGGGUGGAGGGGAUGGGGAUGCAGGAGAUAAUGGGGGCUAUGGCAGGUCUGAUGGAGAGUGAGGGCGGGAUGGGGGCGGAGGAGCGGAGGAGGCUGAAGGGGGAACCGGGGAUGAUACCUAUGGAUGCGAUGAUGAAAAUGCUUGGGGAUAAGGAUGCUAUGCGCCGGCUCACUCAGAUGCUGGAGGCGGAAAGUGGGGGGAAUGGGGGUGAUAAUGAGGGGGAAAGCGCGGGUGGUGAUGAUGGUGGGGGGGAGGGGAAGGACGGGGACUGGCGGGAGAAGCUGACGGGGGCGGCGUGGGAGAGGCUUGUGCCUGUCAACUCCAACGCUGUUGUUGCAGCCUUCACGUAUCGGGCAGGCUGCAUCUUGCAGUGGGUCCGGAUCUACGGCUCAGAUUUCAUAUCAGCGAAGAAAUGCUUCAAGGACGACCCACAGUGCAAGGUGCUGCCCAUGCGUCACCCGCUUCGGGAUCUUCCGAGCCUGCUGGUCAGGCUCGGCGCCAUCCCCAAGCCUCUGGAGGGGCGCACCUUUCCGAUGGAAUGGGAGGAGUGGCCUCAGGGCGAUGAAGCUGCCGUGAAGCUUCCUUGUGACCCCAGUGAGAGGUGUUUCCGGCUGGGAUUAGUGGAUGAGAGUGAAACGGGUGAUUGUGGAGAGGGUGGGGAGAGUGGAGCCGCAAAAGCCUCUGCCUGCGGAUAUCCCUCCGCUGCUGAACCUGCAUGGAAGCGAGCCGAGCAGCUGCCGGUGUUCUUUCUGCUCCACGUGGCGAUUCACUGGCCGAAAUCCUUGCUGCAGAUCGAGGAGUUGGAAGCGGUGGGGAGCAGUGAAGGCGCAGAGGGUGUACGGCGCGGUGCUGGGAGGAAGGUGCAGAAAGGGAAGAAGGGAGGGAAGAAGGGGGGUGGGGACGGUGGGGAGGACGGGGAGGACGAUGGGGAGGUGUGGGAGGAGGUGAGGGGGUGGUGUUUGGCAGCAAUGUUUGCAUGGAAAUCAACUCUGAGGGUGGUAGGGCCGGGGAUGGUUGAGACAUGCAAGGGUGGCAAGGCACGGAAAGGGAAGGGGAGCAAGUGGGAGAGCGGGAGUUGGGUCACUGGAAUGUGGCAGAGGGCUAUAGACCCGAGGGACUGCCAGAAGGCCCACUGGCCCUCGCACAAGCUCGCGUGCUUACUGGGUGGCAAGGUGGGUGGCAGGGAGGUUGACAAUGUGGGUGGCAAGUCGUCACGUCCGCAAGGCAAGAAGAAUAAGGUACAGGAUGCAGCGCCCCCCUCCUCGCCUCGCCACCGUAUCACGAAGAAGGCGCGGCAUGCAUACACGGCGAGGGAGAAGCUGUACUGGCUGGAUAUGCUAGACACGCAGCCCGAUCUCAGCAUCCGGGGGUUGGCGCGGCUAGCUAACGUGCAACCGAAGCAGAUUCGCGAAUGGCGGAAAUUGAAGGAGCGACUCCUUGUUUCAGCGGCGUGUCGUCGUCGCCUCGUUGGCGCAGGCCAGGACGGGAGCCAGGAUCAUCUGAUCCUGGCGCACAUGCGGGAUUCCGGGGAGGUGGAGGUGCUGGAAGACGUGAUGGAGGAGGAGCAGGAUGAACUGGUCCCCAACCCGUUCUACCCGGCCCCCGUGGUCACCCCUCCCGAUGUGACCGUCGAGAUGGAGGAGGAGGCCGUGCUGGCUGCUGAAGCAGAGGAGGCCGAUGAGGAGGCAGUACCUGCUAAGUCGGACUCGAGCGAGUCAGACGAUGGAAACUCGAGCGAAGCUGACGAGUGGAGCGACGACGGGGAUGAAUGGUGGGCCCCUGGUCGCUAUGAGGGGGCAGAGGUAGAGGAGUGGGUGGCGGGUGACGAAGAUGAGUAG